AUGCCUUUCAAGCUGGCCUCGUUUACCGUGGCCGCCGUGGCAGCGGCGACAACCUCAGGCACACCUCCACCAGCAGAGGAGGAAGAGUACUACUCAUCAUGGUCGCUCUUUCUUGUGUGCAUCCUGUUGACCCUGUCCUUGUGGACGUCCUACUACCUCCAAAUCAAGCGGAUACGUGCUGUGCAUGAGACUCUCGUGUCGAUCUUCGCAGGGAUGACUGUAGGCUUGAUCGUGAGGUUGGCCCCUGGAACAAUGAUUCGUGAGAUGCUGACAUUUAAACAUACAUUGUUUUUCAACCUCCUCCUCCCACCAAUUAUAUUGAAUUCGGGAUACGAACUCAAACAGGAAAACUUCUUCCGCAACUUUGGUUCCAUCAUCAUUUUUGCGUUCUUUGGCACUUUCAUCUCAGCGGUCGGCGUGGGAGUUCUCGUCUAUAUAUACUCGUUUCUCGGAUUAGAAUCGCUAGAUCUUACGCUCCUCGAGUGCUUGACGUUCGGUUCGACUUUAUCGGCCACGGACCCCGUCACUAUCCUUGCCAUCUUCAAUCAGUACAAGGUCGACCCGAAAUUGUACACUGUUAUCUUUGGGGAGAGUUUGUUGAACGAUGCCGUGAGUAUCGUUAUGUACGAAACUCUGAGCCGUUUUCAUGGUACCGAAGUGUAUCUGUCCUCCAUUUUCCAUGGAAUCGGCAUCUUUUUGCUCUCUUUUAGUGUCUCAAUGGCCCUUGGAGUCUCCUUUGGCUUAGGAAUGUCACUUCUUCUCAAACACUCUUAUCUCAACCACUACCCAUCCAUUGAAUCUUGUCUCGUCGCACUCUGCGCGUACACGUGCUACUUCUUCUCCAAUGGCCUCUCCAUGUCUGGCAUUGUGUCGCUCCUCUUCUGUGGUAUUACCCUCAAGCAUUACGCUUACCACACGAUGUCGCGUCGGACACAGAGAGCCUCGAAAUCUCUCUUUUCCACCCUUGCUCAGCUUUCGGAGAAUUUUAUAUUCAUCUACCUAGGUAUGGCGCUUUUCACGAGUGCGCCUGUUUAUGUGAAACCCCUCUUCAUCACCAUCACCACCGUCGCCGUCGUCUUUACGCGGUACGCAGCGGUGUUCCCACUAUCAGAGGGCAUCAAUCUUUUCCAAAAGCACGCUCGCGGGCAGCGGUCGGAGGAACUGCCUCACUCCUAUCAAAUGAUGCUGUUCUGGGCUGGGCUAAGGGGUGCAGUUGGCGUUGCUCUCGCAGCUGGGUUCAAAGGCCCCAACGCGCAGAUCUUAAGAACGACCGUACUUGUUGUUGUCGUCCUCACUGUCCUUUUCUUUGGUGGUACUACAGCGAGAAUGCUUGAGGUUCUAGGUAUCCGCACUGGAGUGGAGGAUGAUGGUGCUAGCAGCAGCGAUGAUGAA